AUGACUGGCUUCUCAUCCAUCCCGCUCGCGGAGGAGGGGGGCGAGCGCGAGGGUGCGCACCUCGCCGGGGUCGCGAAGAUCCUGGGACCUCGGUGGGCGCAGCUGCCCGCGAUUACGAUCGGGCUGCUCGGUGUGCAGGUCUUCUGGUCGGUCGAGAUGUCCUACGGCACGCCGUACCUGCUCUCCCUCGGCCUAUCGAAGGCCGCCGUCUCUCUUGUCUUCCUCGCGGGUCCCAUCUCCGGCCUCGUCGUGCAGCCACUAAUCGGCGUCCUCGCCGACAACUCCAAGUCUCGCUUUGGCCGCCGGAGACCGUACAUGGUCGUCGGUACCGUAUUGUGUACGGCUGCCAUGCUCCUUCUGGGCUUCACCCGUCCAGUUGCCUCCAUAUUCCUCCCCAAUCCAUCAAGCGCAAACGAUAUCCUCACCAUAUGGUUAGCGAUCCUCGCCCUAUUUACCAUCGACUUCUCUAUCAACGCUGUCCAAGCAGUUGACCGCGCCCUCAUCGUGGACACCCUCCCCUCAUCCGACCAGGCAGACGCCAACGCCUGGGCCGCACGCAUGCUCGGCGUCGGUAGCGUUGCCGGCUACUUCAUUGGCAACAUCGACAUGACCGCUGUAUUUCCCUUCCUCGGCGACACCGAACUCGAAGUCCUUGCCGUUGUCGGCUCUUUCCUACUACUCGCCGCCCACGGCAUCACAGCGUUCUGCACAAAAGAAAAGGUCGUCGUUGCUACGAAAGGCGCGAAGAAGAGCUUUUCCAAGGAGCUCCGAGAUAUCUGGGAUAACGCGCGCACGCUGCCCCCAGUGAUCAGACAAAUAUGCAUGAUCCAAUUCUUCUCCUGGAUCGGAUGGUUUCCCGUCCUCUUCUACACGAGUGCCUUCAUCGGCGACCUCCACAAGCGCGCUUCCCCGCUCCCCGAUGACGACCCUACACUUAACGCGGAGGCGACGCGACUCGGGACGCGUGCGCUCUUCUACUCCGCGCUUCUCAGUCUCACCGCGAAUAUUCUCCUCCCGUUCGUCGUCGCCGAGUCCGCGCGCAGUCGCCGCCUACUCGAGCGCAAGCUCGUUCAGGCGCACAAGAGCACAUGGGUGCGCAUGUAUGAACGUAUCAAGGUGGGGCUACCCACGAUGUGGGCGGCGGGACAUCUGUUGUUUGCUGUAUGCAUGUUUGCGACAUUCUUUUACUCGACUGUGGCCGGCGCGACGUUCUUUACCACGCUCACUGGUUUCUCAUGGUCUAUCACACAAUGGGCUCCGUUCUCCCUCCUCGCCGAGGCGAUCCUCACUGAGGAUGGGCCCGGGAACGAGGACGCAGGCUCCAUUGUGCUCGAGGACACCCGCACGCGCCAGCGGUCCGGGGACUUCGCGCUCGCCGUAGACGACGGCGAGCGACAAUACCUCGUGGGCUCCGACGACGAAGACCAAGACGGUGCCGUGAUGCAUACAGCGCGCGAAGAGGACGUCCAGUCGUUCUCAUCAGACGCGUCGAUGGAGGAGGAGCGACCGGCACGGAGCAGGUCGACCUCGGUGGAUCGCGAGCGCGAGCGGGCGCGCCAUCCGCUCCGCAACCUCGGCGCGCGGACGAGCCAUUUGAACGUGCACUCGCUUGCCGACGAACAAGAUAUGGAUGGGGAGGCGGACGGUGCAAAGCCGCGGAGCGGACUUGCUGCCAAGGCGGGGAUCAUCAUCGUGAGCAUCUCAUUGUCAGGAUAUACCCACUCAGACGCUAAGCAUGAAAUACGGCAGGGCAUCCAUAAUAUCUUCGUGGUCAUUCCGCAGUUUAUCAUGACCGGCGUCGCCUCGGUGGUGUUCUUCUUCCUCGACCCAUCCAAGGCAGCAAUCGGCGCCGCAGAGGUCCAGGAGCCAUUAGAGCCUCUCGUCUCCCCAGACGUCAUUGAGCGUGCGGAAGCACUCGCAAGCGACGGCGGCCCCAACUCGUAUGCGGUGAUAUACCGGUGGGUACCCUCUAUGGCGAACUGUCUAUGUCGGGAGCUAAUGGUGGUGUCUCUUGAUAGGUUCGGAGGACUCUCUGCCGCGGUCGCGUUCGUACUGACGUUGCGACUGGCUCGCGAGCUCCGACAUCAUUAG